UAACCUUCCCGCACGUAGUGGGUAUAAGAAAGGCACCAUGGCGGCACAGUUGGAGUGACAGAUCUGCGUCGAGUAAUACGCGUCCCCUCUUAUUCGCCUCUUUUUCGUAACACUCAACAAUGUCUGCUCAAGGAUCUAACCCCACCCCCACAACGGGCUCGGGCAGGGCGCCGCGAGGUUCAGCGUGUCUGAACUGUCGUCGUCGCAAGUUCAAAUGCGAUGGCGUGAGGCCAGUUUGCGGACCCUGCAUUCGCACUCAGCGAGAGUACGACUGCGAGUACACCGACGGUGCAACCAGAAGUCCUACUCAACUGCUCGAAGACAACAUCGCUCGUCUCGAAGCACGCAUCUACGAGCUCGAGCAUCCCGACUCCGUCGCACCUUCUGUAACCCUGCACGACCCUCGUACAGCAACGACUCAGCCGGGUCUUGCUCUCCAGUUGCCAACGGUAGCCUCUGGUUCUACUGCGGCUGCGGGGCCAUCCGCUCAGAACACAGCAUAUCUAAUACCGCAGGCUACUCCCGUGACAGCCCUCGAUGCUACCUCAGAACCUUCUCCUGAUGUAGUACAGAUGUUGGUCGGAUUCUUCCUCCCGCAUGCAGACCAGGUUGGGUUCUUCCUCCAUCAUGGCCGUUUCCGCGAGUACGCGCUAGUCCCCACAGCUGAACACUGCCAGGCGCGCCUGUCCCCCGCUCUCCUCAAUGCGGUGUACCUGUGGGGCGUGCAUUUCUCGGGGAACGCGUCUAUGCUUGCGCAUGAGCCUGUUUUCCUCCAGCGCGCGGUACAGUCUGUGUCCGCUGCUUUGGUGCGGGCGCCACGCUACAAUAUCAUCUACAGCAUCCAGGCCGAAGUCCUUUUGGCCCACUACUUCUUCGCCGCCAAUCGGUCCCUGGAAGGACGGUACCACUCAAACGCAGCCGUGGCGCUUAGCCUAAGUUGCCGGCUCAACAAGCUCAGAUCCAACUCUAACACCGCGAACCCUCCAGGUGUGAUGAAUGUGGACCUAGCGCCGCCGGCGGAUGUUCUGGAAGAGGGAGAGAGGAUCAACGCCUUCUGGAAUGUCUUCAUCCUCGAUAAGAGUUGGUCAGUCAGAGCGGGAUCGCCGUCUCACUUCAACGGUUCUCCAGGCGCCCAGGUGGAUACCCCAUGGCCGCUACAGAUAGAAGACUACGCACAGCGUGGGUUACCUCCUAUGUUACGGGGUUCUCUCACAAUUCAGGCAUUCCUGUCUGGCAUACUGCCCGAAAUUGGGCAGGGCACGUCUUCGGUGGCAUUGCGCGCCAAAGCGUCCGCGUUGUUCGAGCGUGCCUCGCGCCUUGCCUCCCAAUGGACUCCUGCAAUGGCUUAUGUAGAACAGUUCGCCGCUGAAUUCUUCGUGCUAGAAAACGUUAUAGAACAGUUCAUGGACGCGCUGCCGCCGCUGCACGGCGCACUCGAACAAGGUAUCGCUCGGGAUCUGUUGGUCACUCACACCUUUGCCUUGGUCGCGAUCAUGCAAGUCCAUGGCGCAACCGGGCAGGGCCAGAAUGGGGCGCCGGGAAGGGACCUGGAUACUGCGCGGAGAGCCGUCGCUGCUAUCGACUCCGUAAACCUUGCCGGCUUUGCUUACGUGGAUCCCAUCAUGGCGGUGCUCUGGACGGCAGUGAGCCGUGUGUUGAUUGCUGUUGCUGGCGCUCAUCAGCAACAACACGUCGAGGCGGACCACGACGGCCUCAUCGCCGCCUUGCAGAGGCUCCUGACGGCGAUGACGACCUUCGCGCGCACGUCUCCGCUGAUGGCACUGCAAGCUGCGAAAGUCCGACAAGAGCUUGAGGGAUCCACGCAAUAGAUGGCGAUAACAGCUAUGCACCACGCUUCCAUGUAUAGAGGUGGUGAUCCCUACUGCGUAAUGCGGUCAGCCACCUUGAUGGCUGCGGCAUGUACACUCUUGAUCGGCGAUACCGUUUCACCUCUAGCUCCCUCCAAUUAUGCAAAUGUUCCUUCCCAUUCUUCCCUCUGAUGAGCGAUGCAGACACCACAGUCAGUAACUGAGACCGUCUGUCACUCCAUGUCAUCUCCCAUAGGCGAAAAGUGUCGACGUUCAGCGCCUUCGCAAGUUU